AUGUUGUUCCCUAAUCCACUCUCUCUUAUCUUUGCUCUGCUUCUUUGUUUAUCUUUAGCUAUUUUCUUCACCACCCAUACCCCCACCACCACCAUGAAUUCCAUUGAUUACCCUUUUAUUUUCCCAUUUCAAUCUCUCUACGCCUCCAACAUCCAUCGCAAAAUUACCCUUUCUCCCCCGUCCCCGCCCCCGCCGGAGGAUGAUGAUUUGCUCUUCCCACUAGCCGCCGGUGUAAACUCUACCCCAUCGCCAACUCACAAGUUGGCCUUCUUGUUUCUCACUAAUUCACCUCUUCCUUUUGCUCCUCUUUGGGAAUUGUUCUUCAAAAAUAUCCCACCUGAUCUCUUCAAUGUCUACAUCCAUGCCGACCCCACCCGAUGUUACGACCCGCCUUUCUCCGGCGUAUUUGCCAACCGGGUCAUCCCUUCUAAACCCACUCAGAGAUUCUCACCUUCUCUUUCCGAUGCCGCUCGUCGCCUUCUUGCUCACGCGCUGCUUCACGAUUCUGCUAAUUCCAUGUUUGCGCUUCUAUCCCCCUCUUGCAUCCCUCUUCAUUCCUUCAAUUUCACAUACAAAACGCUGAUUAGCUCGAAGAAAAGCUUCAUCGAGGUUCUCAAAAGUGAGUUCGGCGCUUACGACAGGUGGGCGGCGCGUGGCCCGGAUGUGAUGCUUCCGAUUGUUAAAUUGGCGGAUUUUCGUAUUGGGUCGCAGUUUUGGGUGUUGAAGCGGCGGCACGCGCGGAUAGUGGUGAAAGAUAAGACAGUUUGGUCAAAGUUUGACUUGCCUUGUGUGCGGCAGGACACGUGUUACCCUGAGGAGAAUUAUUUCCCGACCUUACUCAGCAUGUGGGACCGGAGAGGGCUCGUGCCAGCUACGCUUACACAUGUUAACUGGAACGGGAGUUUCGACGGCCACCCACGCACCUACGUGGCAUCUGACGUAGGACCGGAUCUCAUACGUGGUUUGAGAACCGCCCGGCCGAGAUACGGCGACGGUGGAAGGCGAAUGAAAGUUAGAAUAAGAACCCGAAAGGGCGGCGGCCGAAUUGUAUCCGUUGGUAAAUAUCAGCAUCAACACCCGUUCUUGUUUGCGAGGAAGUUUUCUGCAGACUCGCUCCACCGGUUGAUGAACAUAACGAAUGACUUCAUAUUAAAAGAUUGAUGAAAAUGUAGCUUACAACAAACACAGGAGUAUAUCCAAGUCGUGCAGUUUUGUAUUGUUUUGUUCUUUUUUGUUAUGUUUCUCCAGAGGACAAGAAUAAACCUGUGAAUGAAAAUGGUAAAUCUUUUGUCGGGAA